AUGACAGAAGAAAGUGCAACGGUUAAAAAAAGGGGACGUGGACGUCCGCGGAAGUCGGACACUGUCGCUCAAUCGCCCCAAGAGAAAAAGAAACCGGUGAAGGAAGCGGUGGAACUGCCGCCACCAGAAUCGGCUGACGAUUCAACGGAAACCGAGGAAGACGUGGCACCACAGCCAGCGAAAUCACCGGCUGGCAAAAAGCGUGCCGCUCCCGAAAGCCAGAAUGACAAAAAUGAGCCAACCCCAAAACGGGGCCGCGUUGGUCGUCCACCCAAGGCGGGGAAAGCAGCCCAGGCAAGCAAGGGGAAAAAACCGGCAAGCAGCGGCCGUGGUCGGGGACGCCCGCGGAAGAAUCCCUAA